CAGGAUGAUCACAGACGUGCAGCUCGCCAUCUUCGCCAACAUGUUGGGCGUGUCGCUCUUUUUGCUUGUCGUUCUCUAUCACUACGUGGCGGUCAACAAUCCCAAGAAGCAAGAAUGAGAGUGGCGCUUUCUCUGCCCCAGGAUUCCAGGACAUAGUCUGAGGCAAGAUGGAGGGUGUGAGGGGCCUUCACACUUCACUUCAUCCCUUCUACCCAUCACAACAUACAAAGCAGCUACACCUGGAUUUUUCCAAACAACUUUUAUUUCCUCAAAGUCUUCCUUAACCCUAUGGAACAAGAAACUGCCACUGAAUAGGGCCCAGUAUAGGGGCUGCUUUCUUUUCUACUCCCCUAAUAUAAAAAUAUAGAUAUAUUUUUUGUGGUCCCAAAA